UAUGGAAGACUUCAGCUUGAAGGUGCCUGCCGGAAAGACUGUCGCUCUCGUUGGUGCCUCCGGCUCUGGAAAGUCGACUAUUGUUGGAAUCAUCGAGCGCUUCUACAAGCCUGUCCGUGGCACUGUUACCCUUGACGGCCAUGACAUCACCGACUUGAACAUCCGCUGGCUUCGUAGCAAGAUCUCGCUUGUCUCUCAAGAGCCUACUUUGUUCUCGACCUCAGUCUAUGAGAACGUUGCCCAGGGACUUAUUGGCUCCGAGUAUGAGUUUGCGUCGCCGGCCGAGAAAGAGCAGCUUGUGAUUGAAGCUUGCAAGCAGGCCAACGCUUACUCGUUUAUCACUGCUCUUCCUCAGGGAUUCGAGACUCCUGUUGGAGAACGCGGAUUUUUGCUUUCGGGCGGUCAGAAGCAGAGAAUUGCUAUUGCUCGCGCUAUUGUCUCGAACCCGAAGAUUUUGCUGCUGGACGAGGCUACUUCGGCUUUAGACACAAAGUCCGAGGGUGUUGUUCAGGAAGCUCUGGAUCGUGCUGCCAAGAACCGCACCACUAUCGUCAUUGCUCACCGUUUGUCGACCAUCAAGGAUGCCGAUCUGAUUGUUGUGAUGAAGCGCGGAGUGAUUGUGGAGAGCGGAACUCACAACGAGCUGUUGGCAAAGGAAGGCGAAUACUUUGAGCUCGUGCAAUCGCAGAAGAUUGAGAAGGAGAAGAAAGCGCUUAUCACCGGCGAAGCUCUGUCUUCGUCUUCCGAGUCUGACUCUUCCUCGUCGAUUGAUGAGAAGAUUGACUCUGAUGACGAAAAGCUGGUUAAGGUGAAGACUACGGUGACUGUCAAGGGAGACGUUAUGUCUGACUCGGACUUUUCGGACACGGCUACGAUUGCUGAGGAAGAGAGCGGGUAUAGUACUGUGGAUCUGAUCAAGUUUAUUGGCGGUAUCUCCGCUCCGGAGAACAAGUACAUCGCAAUGGGUGUCUUUUGUUCAUUCAUCCAGGGCAUGUCGUACCCAGCCUUGGGUGAGUUCUACGGACAUGCUGUUCAAGGGCUGCAGUUGGCAUACACUGAUCCCGACCGGAUGUACGCCGAAGUGUACAAAUGGGCUGGACUGUUUAUCUUCCUUGCGUUCUUGCUGCUGGCAGCUUCGACCGGAGCGUUCUCGAUCUACUCAUUUGUUGCGCAGCGUCUUGUCCGCCGUAUUCGCUACCAGAUGUUCCGCUACUUGCUGCGUCAGGAUAUCUCGUUUUAUGACCGGGAUGAGAACACUACGGGUGUUUUGACUAUGUCGCUUGCGCGCGAGGCACAGUCGAUUGAUGGUCUUUCGGGAGCUACUUUUGGUCAGAUCAUGAACUCGAUUAUCAACGUUGUGUCGUCGGGUAUUCUUGCGAUUAUUAUUGCAUACAAGCUUGGUCUGGUCUGCGUCGCCUGUGUUCCGAUCAUGGUUCUCUCUGGAUUUUUCCGAUUCUGGGUGUUGUCCAAGUUUGAGGAAACUGUGAAGAAGUCGCACGAGGCCUCUGCGUCUUAUGCGUGCGAGGCUGCUGCGGCGAUCAAGACUGUUGUGUCGCUCACGCGCGAGGACGAUGUUUUGACGCACUACCAUGAGACUCUGCACUCGCAGACGCUCAACUCGCGCGCUGCGUCGCGCAAGUCUGCUAUUUUGUACGGUAUUGCUCAGGGUAUGCAGUACUUCAUCACCGCGCUUGCGUUCUGGUGGGGAGGUAACCUUUUGCGGAUCCGCGAGUACGGUCUGCUUGAGUUUUACAUUGCCUAUAUGUCUGUCAUUUUUGGAGCGCAGGGAGCGGGAAUUGUGUUUUCGUACGCUUCUGAUAUGGGUAAGGCAAGAUUGGCGGCUGUUAAUGUCAAGCGUCUGUUUAUGCGCCAGCCGGUUGUCGACUCGUGGGCGCGGGAUGGGUCUGAUCCUCAGGAUGUGAAGGGGUCUAUUGAGUUCAAGGAUGUUGUUUUCCGGUACCCGACGAGACCUACUGUUGCUGUUCUCAACAACCUUAACUUGUCGGUGAAGAGUGGCCAGUAUGUUGCACUGGUUGGUGCGUCCGGAUGUGGAAAGUCGACUACGAUCGGUCUGAUUGAGUCUUUCUACCGUCCUAAUGCUGGAAAGAUCAUGCUUGACGGGGUUGAUAUCUCGACGUUCAACGUGAAUGCGUACCGAUCACAUAUGGCGUUGGUGUCGCAAGAGCCGACGCUGUAUGCUGGCACUAUCCGCGACAAUGUCAAGCUUGGAUCUCCGGAUGAGGAUAUUUCGGACGAGGCUAUGAUUGAGGCGUGCAAGCAGGCUAAUAUCCACGAGUUUAUUAUGUCGCUUCCGGAUGGAUAUGAGACUCUUGUGGGUUCCAAGGGAACUCUGUUGUCGGGUGGUCAGAAGCAGCGCGUUGCGAUUGCGCGUGCGUUGAUCAGACAGCCGAAGAUUCUUCUUUUGGACGAGGCUACCUCUGCGCUUGAUUCCGAGUCGGAGAAGGUUGUGCAGGCCGCGCUUGAUGUGGCGGCCAAGGGCCGGACGACGAUUGCGAUUGCGCACAGACUGAGCACGAUUCAGGGCGCGGAUAUAAUCUACGUGUUUGAUCAGGGUGCUAUUGUCGAGAGCGGGAAUCACCAGGAGUUGUUGGGACGGAGAGGGAAGUAUUAUGAGUUGGUACAGAUGCAGGCGUUGGAGGAGAUGCAGUAGGCGUGCAGAAGAGUGCAGUGAGAGUGAAGAAUAGGAAACCGACACUCCUUUAGUCAAUUAUUUUGUUUCAGUUUGAUGUUAUUCGUUGCAUAGUAUGAGUUGACAUUCAUUUCAGUCAUAUUUUGUCUUGUACUUAUUUCACACAGCGUGUGGAAGAGAGAGUUGGAGGAGAAAGAGAGCUGUGAGUAAGGGGGACUGGUGUUUGGAGCCUGCAUAGUGGAUAAAUCUCAAGGUUUUUUAUUAUUUUUAUUU